AUGAAAAAUUUCGAGGAAGGCAAUGUAAAUGUUGCCGAGGAACACAGUACCGUAGCAUCUGGAGCUGUUAUUACUUGUGUUGGUCAUCCAAUAUAUGAUGAAUUAUUUAUUGACGUCGAUAGAAAAAUAAAAUGCUCAACAUGCAAUUUAUAUACUCCCCUAAAGGACACAAAGCCAAUCAAAGACAACGGGACACUUCGUAAGACUUUAGCUCAGGUUCUUCUUACUAGUGCAGUAAUGCUGACAUCGGCUAGUUGUGGUAUGCCGGUGGGAUACUCAGCAAUAUUAUUACCACAGUUGAAAUCAGCUAAUGGUACAAUGCAAAUAGAUGAUGAAAUGGGAUCAUGGAUUGCAAGUUUACAUUCAGCAGCCACCCCAUUUGGAUCGUUGCUUAGCGGUGUUCUAAUGGAUAGAAUAGGCAGAAAAUUCGUUCUACAACUGGCAUCCGUACCACUCAUUCUAGGCUGGAUUUUAAUAACUCUUUCAGAAAACCACGCCGUACUGCUUCUAGGUAGAGUCAUAGCUGGAUUAUCUGCAGGUUUAAGUGCUGCAGCUGGCCAAGUCCUAAUAGGCGAAUCGACCGAGCCGAGGCUACGAGGAAUGCUUUCUAGUGGUCCAUUUGCUAGUUAUUCUUUUGGAAUUUUAUUAGUUUACGCCUUGGGCUCCUUAUUGUCGUGGAGAUAUGUAGCAGGUUUAAGUACAAUAUUGCCGCUGCUGGCAAUAUUUGCGUUCACAUUUUUACCUGAGAGUCCAGUUUUUUUAAUUAGACAUAACAAACAAGAAGAGGCUUUAAAAUCCUUAUCCUGGCUCAGAGGGGGAAGAAUUACACAGGCAAAAAAUGAAAUCGAACAUUUACUACAACGAGCUAAAUCAGAAGGACAAAUUCACAAAGAAAGCAUCUUCAGCAUAUUCACAAAACCAAACGUGAUGAAGCCACUUCUAAUCAUAAACAUUUUCAAUAUUUUGCAAAUCCUUUCCGGAACAUAUUUAGUCGUGUUUUAUGCUGUGGACAUUUUGAGCAACAUAAACGGAAAACUAAUAAACCAGUUUCUAGCUGCGUCUUUGACUGCAUGCGUUAGAUUUAUUUUCACUAUUAUAGCCAGUCUACUUCUAGCACUAAUCGGAAGAAGAAAGAUCGCUUUAAUGAGCGGAAUAGGGUCCACUAUAUCGGCAUUAUGUCUAGGAAUAAUCCUCCAGCAAGACUGUGAACAAUCCCAUUAUCUUACUGCCUUGUUCACUUUAACAUACGUGGCAGCGAAUACCUUGGGUUUCUUCGUUUUACCUGGUGUGAUGCUUAGUGAACUCUUCCCAGCUAAAGUUCGCGGUCAUGCCGGUGGAAUCACGUUUAUGUUGUUCAAUUUUGCACUGUUUGGUAUAGCUAAAAUAUUUCCUUUUAUUAAGAACAGUAUUGGAAUACACGGAGUGUUCUUAAUAUUCGGAUUAUCGUCCCUUUUAGCCAGUUUAUUUCUCUAUCUAGUCUUACCGGAAACAAAGGGGAAAAGUUUAAGUUAUAUCGAAGAUUAUUUUCAACAAAAUAAUUUUGUGUGGGCUAAGAGAGAUAAAAACUGGGAAAAGAAACUUCACGGAAGUGAGAAUGAAAGACUAAACAAAGCCUAAAUUAAUUAAC